UAAACAGAGGAGAGAAGAAGCCUGCGUCAGCUGCUCCGGAUCAUCGAUUCCUGUCACUGUCUAAAGAAGAGCGAAGAUUUCUGGAGGAUUUUUCUAAACUUAUCUCAAGGCCACUUUCAUCAUGGAUCUAACCAUCAGUCUGAUGAAUGGGAGCUCCCACACCCUGAGGGUGCACCCGCAGGACACAGUGGGCUCUCUGAAAAUACUCAUCCAGCAGAAACUAGGGUUUUCAUGUGAGUCCCAGAAGCUGGUCUUUGAGAACGGCUGCAGCACAACUCUCAACAACGACUCUGCGACCCUCGAGUCCUACGGCCUGCACUCCGGGGCCAGGGUGAACCUGCUGGUGACCACACCAGCCAUAAUCCAGGUGUUCCUCAAAAACGACAAGGGGGUAAGCAGCACGUAUGACAUCAAACCGGAUGAGACGGUGAGCCACUUCAAGAGCAGGGUGGAGGAGAGAGAGCGGGUCCCGGUGAGCCAGCAGAGUCUCGUCCACGAGGGCAAAGUGAUGAACGAGGGGAAACUCUCCGACUACAACGUCCGAGCGCAUAGCACCAUCUCCCUGAACCUGCGCCUGAGAGGAGGCUGUGGACACUUCCGGUUAAUAGAAACUUCUGGACAUUCCUUUAUUUCAUCUUAAAAUGAAGAUCAUUUAGCUUGUAUUUUAUUUAUUUAAAUUUAAAUUGCACUCAUUAAUACAUUCCUCGAUUAGAAAUCAUUCCAAAAAGAAAACUUUCUUUGUUUUGGCUUAACAAAUAUGUUAUGAACACAUCUUCAUGUUAUAAUUUUAAUUAUGAGCAAAUUGGUUCCACUGCAUGUUUUUAAAGCUCGGAUAAGUGCAAUGAUACUUGAUACUGUUGGUACUUGUCAAUGUCGCUAGGUAUGUAAAUGUAGUCCUGUAAAUAUGAUGUCCUUUAUUGUUUUCUGUUGUUUUCUGUUUCAUGUUGUAACAUACUUGCUGCCAUGUUGGGCAGGUCUCCCUUGAAAAAGAGAUCGAUGAUCUCAAUGGGACCACCUGGUUAAAUAAAGGUUUGAAUGAAUGACACUUCAAAAUCUGACUACAUCAAAUGUACACUGUUAAAAAAUAAUAAAGAUUUUAAUCUUG